GCGAUGCAGACGCACCCCGGGGCCUGCUGAUCGGGCCGAGGCCCGGCGGCGCUCCCGGCGGCCCACGGCGGCGCUGCCGGCCCGACCUGCGGGGCACGGACCGGAGCGACCGGAGCCUCCGCCGGCCGUGAGGUCAGAUGCUCCCAUCGGCGGUGCAGAAGACAGCGGGGUCGGGAGCUGCUGAGUGCUGAUCUGUGCGUGCUCCGGACCAUGGACUCAUUGAGGCCGUCCCAGGUGUGAAAAUGUCCAGCAGCAACCGGGCGUUAGUGAUUGACUUUGUGUCCUACAAGCUCUCGCAGAAGGGCCACAGCUGGAGCCAGCUGGAGGAGGAGGAUGAGAACAGGACUGACUUGGCAGCCGAGGAGGUGGAGAUGGACGGCGUCCUCAACGGGAGCCCCUCCUGGCACCCGCCCGCCAGCCACGUAGUGAAUGGAGCCACCACCGUGCACCGGAGCAGCCUCCAGGUCCCCACCGUGGUUCAAGCGGCCGACGUGAGGCAGGCGCUGAGAGAGGCAGGGGAUGAGUUUGAGCUGCGGUACCGACGGGCGUUCAGCGACCUCACGUCCCAGCUCCACAUCACCCCCGGCACCGCGUACCAGAGCUUUGAGCAGGUGGUGAAUGAACUCUUCCGCGAUGGAGUGAACUGGGGGCGCAUCGUGGCUUUCUUCUCCUUCGGAGGAGCCUUGUGUGUGGAGAGCGUUGACAAGGAGAUGCGGGUACUGGUGGGACGCAUUGUGUCUUGGAUGACCACCUACUUGACCGACCACCUAGAUCCCUGGAUCCAGGAGAAUGGCGGAUGGGAGCGCUUUGUGGACCUCUAUGGGAACGAUGCUGCUGCCGAGGUGAGGAAGGGCCAAGAGACCUUCAACAAGUGGCUCCUGACCGGGGCGACGGUGGCCGGGGUGCUCCUGCUGGGAUCCCUGCUGAGCCGCAAGUGAGGCCCCCGCCGCCCCCCCCAUCCACUACACUCCUCCCGUGCACCGAGGGCCCCCCCGCUCCUCUCUCAUAGCCCCCCCAAUCCCUCCCAUGUGUUUUAAGGCGCUGAGGCCACGGCAGCACUUCAGCCACCAGUUCCCAUACUGGGGGGACCCGGGCGGGGGGGGAUGGGCAGAAGGUGCCCCCCCCCUCCCCCUCCCAGCAGGGUCCUCCAGGUCACUUGGAAGAGAAUAAACAGACUUAUUUUUGCA